GUCCGCCCGCCUGUCCGCCCGUGUCCGUGGGGCCGGCCCCCGCGCCCAACUUGCCCUCCCGCGGGGCAUGGAGCGGGCCCGGACCCUCCUCAGCCUCCGCCGGGAGCCGCGAGGGAAAAGGAGGAGGAGGAGGAGGAGGGGGGGGCUCCUCCCCCGGGCGGCCCGCCGCUGAGGGCACGGCCACGGCCACGGCCACGGCGACGACGACGAGGAGAAGGCGGAGGAGGAGGAGGAGGACGAGCCUCGAUCGGCCUGCAUGGCCCUGCCGCCGCUGGGGCCCCGCCUUGGCAGCCCCCUCCUCACCUGAGCCGAGGGGCGGGGGACUGGCCUCCUCCCACCGACCAGCGGGACCAAGGCAAUCCUGCUGCCCGCGGGGCUCGGAUGUCCUUAGACCCCGGGGUCCGCAGGUCCUGCCGCCCAGUCAGUCAGUCAGUCAGUCGUAUUUAUUGAGCGCUUACUGUGUGCACAGCACUGGACUAAGCGCUUGGGAAGUACUGGGGGUCCGCAGGCCCUGCUGCCCUUAAGCCCGGGGGUCCUCAGGUCCUCCUGCCCAGAGGCCUGGGGAUCCGCGGGUCCUUCUGCCCAAAGGGCCCGGGGGUCCGCAGGUCCUGCUGCCCAGAGGCCCGGGGGUCCUUAGGAGGACCUUCUGUUCAGAGGCCUUGGGGGUCCGCAGGUCCUGCUGCCCGGAGGCCUGGGGGUCCUUAGGAGGACCUUCUGCCCGGAGGACUUGGGGGUCCGCAGGUCCUUCUGCCCAGAGGCCUGGGGGUCCUAAGGAGGACCUUCUGCCCAGAGGACUUGGGGGUCCUUAGGUCCUGCUGCCCAGAGGCCUGGGGAUCCUUAGGAGGACCUUCUGCCCAGAGGACUUGGGGGUCCGCAGGUCCUGCUGCCCAGGGGCCUGGGGGUCCUUAGGAGGACCUUCUGUUCAGAGGCCUUGGGGGUCCGCAGGUCCUGCUGCCCAGAGGGCCCGGGGAUCCUUAGGUCCUGCUGCCCAGAGGGCCCGGGGGUCCUUAGAGUCUUCUGCCCAGAGGCCUGGGACCCAUAGGAAGCCCUUCUGUCCAGGGGCCCGGGGGUCCUUAGGUCCUUCUGCCCAGAGGCCCGGGGGUCCUUAGGUCCUUCUGCCCAGAGGCCCGGGGGUCCUUAGGUCCUUCUGCCCAGAGGCCCGGGGGUCCUUAGGUCCUUCUGCCCAGAGGCCCGGGGGUCCUUAGGGCCUUCUGCCCAGAGGCCCGGGGGUCCUUAGGGCCUUCUGCCCAGAGGCCCGGGGGUCCUUAGGGCCUUCUGCCCAGAGGCCCGGGGGUCCUUAGGGCCUUCUGCCCAGAGGCCCGGGGGUCCUUAGGGCCUUCUGCCCAGAAGCCGGGGGUGACCUUAGGGCCUUCUGCCCGGAGACCCCUGGGGUCAUUAGGUCCUGCUGCCCAGAGGCCCGGGGGUCCUUAGAUCCCGCUGCCCAGAGGCCCGGGGGUCCUUAGAUCCCGCUGCCCAGAGGCCCGGGGGUCCUUAGAUCCCGCUGCCCCGAGGCCCGGGGGUCCUUAGAUCCCGCUGCCCCGAGGCCCGGGGGUCCUUAGGUCCCGCUGCCCAGAGGCCCGGGGGUCUUUAGGAGGACCCGGGGGUCCUUAGGCUAGGCGGCAAAGCCGUCGGGGGGCGGGUGGAAGAUGGUGAGCCCUCGGACUUGUCCGCGGUGGGGCCGGCGGGCCCCCCGGCUGGGCGCCCUGGCCGUCUGGAACUGUUGCCUGUUGCUGGCCGGGGCGGACAACGUCAGCCAGGAGUAUUUCACCGCCCUCAUCAACGUGACCGUGCAGGACUCCGGCCGGGCGGCCCCCGUCCUGCUCCGGAUCGACCGCGGCCGCUACGGGCUGGACUCCCCCAAGGUGGAAGUCAAAGGGCUGGUCCUGGCACCCGUGCCCCUCCACGGAGUCGCAGAUCACUUGGGCUGUGAUCCUCAAACACGUUUCCACGUCCCGCCUAAUGUCAGACAGUGGAUUGCUUUGCUGCAACGAGGAAACUGUACGUUUCGAGAGAAAAUAUUACGGGCGGCAUCCCACAAUGCAACUGCUGUAGUCAUCUAUAACAAUAUAUCCAAUGGAGAGCCUGUCACUAUGACUCACCCAGGAACCGGAGAGAUUGUGGCCGUUAUGAUUACAGAGUCGAAGGGGAAGGAGAUUUUGACUUAUCUGGAGAAGAACAUCUCCGUGCGCAUGACAAUAGCCGUCGGAACUCGUAUUCCACCGAAGAACUUCAGCCGUGGCUCUCUCGUCUUCGUGUCAAUAUCCUUUAUUGUCUUAAUGAUCAUCUCUUCGGCCUGGUUGAUAUUUUACUUCAUACAGAAGAUUCGGUACACGAACGCACGUGACAGGAACCAGCGCCGUCUUGGAGAUGCCGCCAAGAAAGCUAUCAGCAAAUUGACCACCAGAACAGUAAAGAAGGGUGAUAAGGAAACAGACCCCGACUUUGAUCAUUGUGCUGUCUGCAUAGAGAGUUACAAGCAGAAUGAUGUUGUCCGCAUCCUGCCCUGCAAGCACGUUUUCCACAAAUCCUGCGUAGAUCCUUGGCUUAGUGAACACUGCACUUGUCCUAUGUGCAAGCUUAACAUUUUGAAGGCCCUUGGAAUUGUGCCGAAUGUGCCGUGUACCGAUAACGUAGCCUUCGACAUGGAAAGGUUCACCAGAAGCCAGCCAGCGAAUCGAAGAUCGGCCCUGGGCGACCUUGCUAACGACAGCUCCCUUGGCCUCGAGCCACUGCGCACUUCGGGAAUGUCUCAGCUUCCACAGGAUGGGGAACUCACACCCAGGACAGGAGAAAUCAACAUUGCAGUAACAAGUGGCCACUUCUUCCACCGCAACUCCCUGUCUCCUCGGAGCCUGGUGUACGAGAGCGAAUUCUCCACUAUUGAACCUUCCUUGGACAUGUACGACGAGAACAAAACCUGAUGGAGAAACGGCCGUUUGGGGCUCCCUUUUUCUUUGGGUUGGUUUAUUACAAUUGUUCUUACUUGAUAUUCUUCUGUCGGUGUCUUGUUUUGGAGAAAGACCUGCAUUUCUGGAGCUCAGACUGGGUUCGGUUUCGGGGUGACAAACCCGGAGCUGGUCUUUUGACUUUCCUGCAUUCAUGAUUACCGUAGAAAGAGUACAACCACAAAAGUCACCCCCCCGCAACCCUCCACCCAGCCCUUUCCCCAAAGGUUGAAAAGUUUUGAAAAGUGCAGUGAGCUGUGAAACCCCAGCUGCAUCUAUACUGAAGCGGCUUGGCCCCGGCCCCGAUUGUUCAUUUUCUAUUGCAAAUGUGUCUCUUGAAUAGGCAUAAGCUGUUCGGUUUGCGGGGCUUUUUUUAUUAUUGUAAUCCUCGUGAUAAUGAGUUAUAUUGUGUGCUGAGUCUGCCAGGUUAACUUUCUUGCCGGCAAAGGAGAUCACAAGCUGCUACUACUAAAUGUGUUCAGUUUAAUUCUUGGUUCUCUCCUUUUUCUUAUUGUGAAAAGCCUCUUUGUAAAGGACCUGUGGGAAUGCAUAGCCUUUAGUACCUGCCGCCCGAUUUUGGCCAGCUGGGUUGAUGACUGCCCGACUCGAGAGCCUCGGAUGGUGGUGAGGUCUUUAUUCAGUCGCCCGUGUUUUCCUUUUUGGUUGUUCACCGUUGAGGGUGAAAUAGGUUGAAGACCGCUUUCGCAAGCGCCGUAACUGCUUACCGUCUUUCCAGCUCACCUACGGGCCGACUCUUCAGCUAAAGAUAUGCUGUCAAGUUGUUCGGGUUUCUCCGUUUGUUGCAGGAUCUUGUGGGAAAUACCCCAGAGUGGUCUAACUCGAAAUCCUUCUUAAUUUUUCGCCGAGCAGUUAAAACCACCCUCACGGGCUCAGGUUCCAGUACGCAUCAUACCCUGGGCUGACUCUGUUCAGCAAUAAUCCCCUCCUGUCAUCCUUCACAGUGGGAGACGAAGAAAGCAGAAAGUCCAAGAGUAUGGAGAGCCAAGCCGAUGCACCUGCAAGUCGUGAGCGAGGGGUUUCGGCCGGGGCGGGGGAAACGAGAGAAUCCGGUGAGUUUCUGUCAAGUCCACAGCGACGAAAGGGGAAGAGAAAAUAAAAAUGCCCCCUGCAAGCUUCCAAGAAGGCAGUACCGCUCACUGAAGCAAAAAAUAUAUGUGUAUAAACAAGUAUCUGAGUGUCCUUGAAAGCAAAUCUAUAGAACAUGUCUAUGCACUUUCGCUAAUGAAUAUUGAAUUGUUUAAUUUGCUUCUCCAUUUGGAUCGGGUGUAUUGUUUAGAGUGGUAAAUAUGGUUGUGACUUCGUCGUGUGAAUGAAAACUGAAGUUUACAUACACCUUGAUUUAUUGUUACCGGUAAACCAAAGAGAGAAUGAAUCAUCUCUCCUGGUAUCUUCGUUCAUUCUAUUCAGCCUAAACUGCAGAUGAACACUUGCCAUUUUUCCUUCUGCCGCCAACUUCGUUAGCAUGUGUUUAGUGUGGUGCAGCUCUGACUGAAACACAAAUGAUAACAACAAAAACUCUAAGCUGAGGAAGUUGCAUCUAUAUCCGAGCAAACUUUGAACCCAUUCUACUACUAGGAACCAGGAGCAUUGUUGAAUUUUGCGUAAUUCUAGGGGAGAGUACUGCAACCUUUUAAGGAAUUGCCAACGUUUUGGUCUUUUUUAUCAUUUUCAGUGGUGUUUAUUAAGCCCUUACUCUGUGCUGAGCAUUGUACGGAGCGUUGGGUAUAUGCAAGGUGAACAGGUGGACACAGUUCCUGUCCCACGUGGGGCUUUCAGUCGAAGUAGGACAGAGUAGGAUUGAA